GCCGAGUUCUUGACGCCAAAAAAGCAGGCACCAUCGACCGCAACAGUGACUGAGACACUACAAGCACAAGCUAGAUACACAAGAGCAGCAUCGCACGGCAGGAUAGAAGCAACAAGAACCACCGCCGGCAUCCGCAAAAAAGCAUCACCACCACUCGAGCAGACCGUUACACUACGCUAGACUGCUCUACACUGCACUGCAUUUCGGCACAACACUCCACUCCACGAGACCGAACAAUACCACACAAGACAAGACAAGACAAGACAAGACAAGAGAUGAAGAUCGCCUCUCGCAACUCGGCACUGGCGGCAGCCCUCUGCCUCGCGGCGUCGGCCCUGGGAGGGGCCCUGGCCUUUGCCCCCCACCACGCCGCGCGGAGGGCGCCAACGGUCCAAAGCAGCAGCAGCAGCACCUCCCUCUCCGUCAAGAUCCCCCGGGUGGAACUCCCCGAGGCGGUCGCCAGCCAGCUGGGCGAGUUCGACCUGAAAAACCCCAACGCCAUGAACGACGACGACUACCGGAGCUACUCGGGCGCCGCCAUCGCCGGGACCCUGGCCUUUUCCCUCCUGCCGGGGGCCCUGGUCUCCGGCAUCUACAGCGACCUCGGGCCCGUCGCCAUUGCCACGCUCAUCGACUUUUUGUUCUCGGCGAUCGUCGGCGGCGGCCUGGCGAUCUACCUGUCCCUCCGGAAGGACCAGAUCGGCGAGACCGUCCGCUCCUACGGCAACCAGCUGCUCUCGGCGGCCAAGGACGCCACCGGGAUCGGGACCCUCCGCUACGACCUCCCCGUGGCCGCCACCGACGUCUUGACCGGUGAACUGGGCCUCCUGGACCCCAACAAGAUGGACGAGGACGACUACGACGGGUACUCCGGGGCGGCCGUCGCCGGGACCCUCCUCUUCUUUCUGCUGCCCGGGGCCCUCGCCACCGGCGCGGCGGGAAUCCUGGGGGACUUUGCUUCCUCGGCGGCGGUCGAUUUCGUGCUCUCGGCCCUGGUCGGGGGGGGCGCCUGCAUCUACCUCUCGCUCCGCAGGGACGAGGUCGGGGCGACCGUUAGCCAACUGGGAGGGCAGUUCCUGGACGUCGUCGACGGGGUCCUCGGAGCCGAGGAGGACACCAAGCUGCUGGAGGAGUAAGCAAGCACGCACAAGCGUUGUUCCGCAAGCAUUGUUGUGCCUCGUGCUUUGCCGCGACGUGUCUGCCCGUUGCAACACACACACACACACACCGCGGCGAGUGCAUCAUCCCGCAUCGAUGGAACAGGGAGAAAACAAAAAAGCCACUGUUUCGAAAGGCCGGGACGAAUCCAUAAAACCAGACGUAUAGUACUACUAGUAGUUAUAAAUCAUUAGAAAAUUUGUUGCAGUGGCAAGAUGGAUCAAGGGAAAGUAGUGGUACCAAUAGCAGCAACAGUAGUAUGAGGAGAUACUAGUAGUCAUUCUCCGUUCAUUCAUUCUUUCUUUGAGACAACACGCAAUGUUGACAACAACCAAAUUGUUCGUGACUCUGAAUACUCCUAAAGUUGCAACAGGAUAGAUAUCGCUGGGCUGAGCAUAAUCAUUAUU